AUGUAUAUUAGAUAUUCGCAUCCCCCAAUCCAUGCAUAGAUUGUAUAUCUAUUCUCUCACACAGAUUUGCAGAUCCACAAGAGCUUGGUCGAUUUUGAUAUCGCAAUCAUGCCGACCAUCGCCGGACAUGGAUCAUCUCCGUUUGCCGCCGCCGACGAACUCAUAGCCAUCAAAGCUCGAAGAUCCGGCGAGAUCCGAUCCACCGGCGACUCCACUCCCCGAAAACGAACAUUGAGAAGCAAUUCGGCCGCAGAAGACUGCUCGAUCGCUUCGACUCCAUCUCCGAAGCUUUGUUAUCCGACGAAAUGGAAAUCUCCUCGCCGAUGUAUCAGUGGCAGCCCCAAUGGCCCUUCAAAGGUGUUUUUGCAGGGAACUGAAUUAGAAUCAAAAUCUCGCGAAUUGUUGGUGAAAAAAUUGUCUGAAAGUUUUAUUGACAAACCGAAAUGGAAUCCGAGAGAUUUGCAGCAAAUGAGUGUGGUAAAAGAGGCAUUGCACGUAUCAAGUAUGCCCUCUAUGGUUGUUUGCCGAGAAAAUGAGCAGAAAACGGUUUUGGAGUUCUGCAAGCAAUGCAUAGAACAAGAGAAGGCCGGGAGUUUGUAUGUGUGUGGAUGUCCAGGGACCGGAAAAUCACUGUCUAUGGAAAGAGUCAACGAGUCUCUGCUUGAUUGGGCAAAGGGGGCAGGUUUUCAGCCACCUGAUGUAUUAGCCAUAAACUGUACUUCUCUUACAAACACAUCUGAAAUAUUCAGCAAGAUUCUUGGCAAAAACCAACUGCAAAAGAAAACCAACAGUGCAACUUCAGCUUUACAGCAUCUUCAGAGCUUGUAUUCUCAAAAGCAGCAAUCAACUGGCAUGAAAAUGACGCUGAUUAUUGCUGAUGAGUUGGAUUAUUUAAUAACUAAAGACCGGGCUGUGCUUCAUGAUCUUUUUAUGCUCACAACUUUCCCAUUCUCUAGAUGUAUAUUGAUAGGAAUAGCUAAUGCUAUAGACCUAGCAGACAGAUUUCUUCCAAGACUGCAGUCAUUAAAUUGCAAGCCUAUGGUAGUAACUUUUCGGGCCUACUCCAAGGAUCAGAUCAUCUUGAUUCUUCAGCAGAGGCUAAUGGCACUUCCUUACACUGUCUUUCAACCACAAGCCUUAGAACUAUGUGCCAGAAAAGUUGCGGCUGCAUCUGGAGAUAUGAGGAAAGCUCUGUGCAUCUGCAGGAAUGCAAUUGAGAUGCUAGAAGCAGAGCUGAGAGACUCUGCUUGCAAUUUGGAUUUGUCAUCAGCAGGGAAUGGGUACUCUGAUCAACGAAAAACGCCAGUUCAGGGGCUAAUAAUGCAAGAAACUGAUAUUGUAAGAACUUGUUAUUUUCAUCAAUUUUAUCCAUUUCAAGCAUAAACAAGUUAAAACCAAGUAUCUUCUUAAUAUGCAUUCUGCCCUGUUAUAUAAUAAUUAUCUGAACUUGUAGUGAUGACCAGUUUUCUUAUUAAUAAUCUAUAAGUCACGAAUAUCAUGAAUUGAAU